GCGCAGGCUGAGGGGACGGACGGGCCCGGGCCGAGGCCUCCGCGCAUCCGCCGCCAUCCCGCGGAUCCCGCCGCUCCCGCCGCCGCCCGCCGCCGCCAUCCGCCGCCAUGACGGAGCAGAUGACCCUGCGCGGCACCCUGAAGGGCCACAACGGCUGGGUGACGCAGAUCGCCACCACGCCGCAGUUCCCGGACAUGAUCCUGUCGGCCUCGCGCGACAAGACCAUCAUCAUGUGGAAGCUGACGCGUGACGAGACCAACUACGGGAUCCCGCAGCGGGCGCUGCGCGGGCACUCGCACUUUGUCAGCGACGUGGUCAUCUCCUCCGACGGGCAGUUCGCCCUGUCCGGCUCCUGGGACGGCACCCUGCGCCUCUGGGACCUCACCACGGGCACCACCACGCGGCGCUUCGUGGGGCACACCAAGGACGUGCUGAGCGUGGCCUUCUCCUCCGACAACCGGCAGAUCGUGUCGGGCUCGCGGGACAAAACCAUCAAGCUGUGGAACACGCUGGGCGUCUGCAAGUACACCGUGCAGGACGAGAGCCACUCCGAGUGGGUUUCGUGCGUUCGCUUCUCGCCCAACAGCAGCAACCCCAUCAUCGUCUCCUGCGGCUGGGACAAGCUGGUCAAGGUGUGGAACCUGGCCAACUGCAAGCUGAAGACGAACCACAUCGGGCACACGGGGUACCUGAACACGGUCACCGUGUCACCUGACGGGUCGCUGUGCGCGUCCGGGGGCAAGGAUGGCCAGGCCAUGCUGUGGGACCUGAACGAGGGCAAGCACCUGUACACGCUGGGGGGGGACGUGAUCAACGCGCUGUGCUUCAGCCCCAACCGAUACUGGCUGUGCGCCGCCACGGGGCCCAGCAUCAAGAUUUGGGACCUGGAGGGGAAGAUCAUCGUGGACGAGCUGAAGCAGGAGGUGAUCAGCACCAGCAGCAAAGCGGAGCCGCCCCAGUGCACCUCGCUGGCCUGGUCGGCAGACGGGCAGACUCUCUUCGCCGGCUACACCGACAACCUGGUGCGGGUGUGGCAGGUGACCAUCGGCACCCGCUGAGCCCCGAUCCGGCCGCUUUUCACCCCAAAAACGUCAAUAAAUGGCUGAGGCCCAAUCCUGCCUUUUUUAACCCAAAAAUGUCAAUAAAUGGCGAUUUUUGGAGCUGGAGUCGCUGC